UAUUAUUUUGUAUAGGCUAGGUUGGGUGUAGCUUAUUUGAUUGUAUGUUGGAGGAAAUUGGAAAUUAAUUAUUGUGUUCUACAGGAAAUCAACAAUUUUUGCUUAUUUCAAUAGAUAAACUAUCAAUGAAAUCGUUAUAUAAAAUCAAAGUAUAAUUUUGAGAAAAAUGCCAGCUCGAAAUAGAUCGUUAUGGAAUAUUACCUUGUUCGUUGUCUUAGGGUUAAAUCACAUUUCAUCAACGCCAGAUAUUCUUCAUUACAAUAUUCAUACACUCGAAGAAAACAGGGUCUGUAACUUGAGAAGUAGUUUUGUGACAAAACCAUUGAUAGCGACUGAGACUUCUGCAGUGAUAGUCAAACAAACAAGUUAUUUUGGGCAAUUCAGUGGCAAAGAUCGGUUUGAUUGUACAUUUAUUGUCAAGGCAUCAUUUGAGAACUUUGGAUUAUUUGGUGUCAUCCAGAAGUUGAAUCUGCGUAAAGACGUGAAGAAAAAUGAAUGCAUUGAUUAUGUUGAGAUAUGCGAAUACAAAACGAACCCGCUAGAACAGGUGACCAGUUUUUACCUGCCACUGUGCCGCUUCCCGUUGAAGCGUUUCUGCGGCCUGCCGUCAGAGAGCGAUGAUGACGACGAUAUCGACAUCCUUCACCCAAACGGCUUUAUUGCCAAGAACGGCCAGAUCGCUGUCAAAAUUGUGCUCGCAGCCAAACGGGUCGAGCCCAACGAAACUAUGGACCUUGUGAUUGCCUUUACUUCCUACAUACCCUGUCGCCGGGACAUGGGUGCGAACAAGAUGUGCAGUGGCCCAGUGGCUGCAAUGCCCGAGAAGGGAGGGGGUGAGGGCGCAUGCGUCAGCAAGGUGUUCUUCAACGAUGGCAUCCGAAACUGUCCCUACAGCGGGUGCGCCGACGAGUGUGGAUCCGAUAAGACUGGCGGCGGUCUGGGCGUGGAGCCGUCGCUGAGCACAAAAGUAACGGUGACAGCGGUAACGAGUAUCUUCCUGUCGUUCUUCUUCUUCCUGGGCUGCAUCUGGCUGUGUCGCAGCUGCGAACUGCUCUGCUGGAGCGUCGACGCGUGUCGACAUAAUCAGCAGCCGAACGCUGCGCAUGCGCAUGACGAUGAAUUGACACCAACUGCGCCGCCCCCUCCCUCUCACUCUUCCGCCGCCUCCGGAGAGGACAAGGAUUUGCCGCCCGCCUACGAGACGCUGUUUCCCGACAGGUAGUCGACUGAAAAGAAAGUGAAAUGUACUGUGUUUAGUCUCAACUGAAUUGUGUGUACUGUGUUUAGUCUUGAUAGAAUGAAGCUGUUCUGUAUUUAGUCUGAAAAAGUGUUUUGUAAUGUUUUUAGCUCGGAAUGUGUUGAAGUGUAUUUUGUUUAGUAUGAAUACAAUGGAGCUGUACUGUGUUUAGUCUGAAGAAAGUGUUUUGUAGUGUUUAUAUUUCGAAAGGUGUUGAGUGUACUUUGUUUAGUCUGAAUACAAUGCAGCUUUAUUGUGUUUAGCCUAAAAAAGUGUAUUUCACUGUUAAUAGCAGAAAGUGUCAAAUUGUACUUAGUUUAGUCUGAAUACAAUGCAGCUGUACUGUCAUUAGUCUAAAGAAAGUGUAUUUUACUGUUUAUAGCUCGAAAGGUGUUGAAGUGUACGUUGCUUAGUCUGAAUACAAUGGAGAUGUACUGUCUUCAGUCUGAAAACGUGAAUUAUACUGUUUAUAGCUUGGAAGGUGUUGAAAUGUACUUUGUUUAGUCUGAAUAGGAUGGAGCUGUACUGUGUUUAGACUGGAGAAGUUGGAUGUACUUUGUUUAAUCUGAAGAAAUUGAAUGUUCUUUGGUCAAACUGAAAAAGUAAAGUUUACCGUUUAUAGCUCAAGAGGUGUGUUGAAGUGUACGGUUUUCAGUUGAAAAAAGUGAAUAUUUUGGUUUUAGACUUGAAAAAUGGAAUUUACUAUUUUCAAAAUUGGAAAAAGUGAAAUGUAAAGUUUUAGCUAGGUAUUGUGCUGGUUUUUGUAAAGAAAUUAUGUAUUGUUUUCAGUUUGAGAAAAGUACUGUUUGUAGCUCGAAAAAUGUGGGGGGUUACUAUUUUUAGUCUAAAGGAAUGGAAUCUUUUUUAGACUAAAAAGAGUGAAAUCACUGAAAGACUGAAGAAAGUGAAUUCACUAUUUUUAGUCUGAAAUGUAAAAAAGUGUACAGUUUAGAGCUAGGAUGUUGCCUGUUUUCAAUUUGUAUAAGAAAAACCUAUUGUUUAUGACUAGUAAAUAAACUGUCCUCAAUAUGAAAAAGUAAUGAGUGCUGUUUAUAGCUAGGUAGUUGAUGAGGUAUAAUAUUUUUAGACAAAAGAAUUGAACCCUAAUGUCAAUGUACUGUUAUAUCUAGGAAGUGGUGCCUGUAUACUAUAUACAAUCUUCAAAUUAGUGCACCACAACAGAGAACCGUUCAUAGCCAGAAAGAGAGAAAGAGAGUGAGUGUGUCCAUUGUUCAUAGAACUGCUAGAAAAUAAGUGUAAGAUUGUAUAUUUUAAAUGAGAUGUUCAAUGCAUUAUGGAUAUUGUAAUGUAAUAUAUUUAUUUUCUAGUGAAAUGUAAAACUUCUUCCGAAUCAGAUAGAAUGAUGUCAAAUUUCACCAGUAGAUCCGUCGAAUAAUAAGUAUUUGACAACAUUUCAUUAACCUCAAUAUUUUUAAUAUUUUUUCGAGAAUUCAUUCAUAGUUAGAUUUACUUUAAACAGUUAGCAUUGGUUGAAUACAAAGCUUUGAUGUUAUUUGUAAGGAAUGUUUAUGUUUACAGUAUAAUUAUUAUACAUUGAAUAUCACUACAGGGUAGAUUGGACAAAGUCCGAUUGAAUUAUUCACUUUUGCCAGACAGUUAUAAAAGUUUGUAGGUUUAUUUUUCCAAUUGAAUUUAUUCAACUAUAGUACGUGAAUAAUGAAAAAGAAAGCUUUUUCAAAGUCCGAUUGAAUUAUUCACUUUUGCCAAACAGUUAUUAAAGUUUGUAGGUUUAUUUUUCUAAUUGAAUUUAUUCAACUAUAGUACGUGAAUAAUGAAAAUGAAAGCUUGAAAUCGUUACGACCACAUGAAUUAUAACCAUAAAAUGUAUUAUUAUAACCACAUCAAUCAUAAUCUUGUUGUUAUUUUUAUAUAUGUUCGAGAAGAUCUAGUCCUACUCAUUAUACAGACAACUACCACAAAAUUGAUACCCUUAAAGCAAUUACGUUUCAAGAAAUUUGGGGUGAUUGGAAUUGGGUAGCAAAGACAUUUUAA